AUGACACACCAUCAACUUCCUCCUGCUGCCGAAGAUAUUCGCAAGGAAAUAAAGGAACUGAUUCCUGAGACGGCCACUCGGUCGGGUUCACCUGGCCGGAGUCAAGCGAAGGUCUUCGACGAAGACAACAAUGGGAACAAGACUUACAAAGGGGACUUACUCACGGCUAAGAUAUCUCAUCUAACAGGUGAAAUGAAUAUUGGCGAUAAGAAUAUCACCCUGACGCCUGGGGGAGUACUGGAAGAAGGGUUUUACACCUACAUCACAAACGAUCCGACGAUUAGCGCGGGGGCAACCGUUAUAUUUAUUCUACCUCUUUAA